GAGGAGCUGCUGUCCCUGGCCAAGCAGAGUGACCUGACAGUGAGAAAGGUGCAGAGCUGGUUCCAGGCCCGGCGAGGGCAGGAGCGACCGAGGCUGAGCAAGAGGUUCUGUGAGGCCUGCUGGAGAUUUGUGUUCUACCUCACCUCAUUCACCUGGGGCCUGGCUCUCCUCUACGAUAAGCCUUGGGCUUGGGACCACACCGUGUGCUGGCUGAAAUUUCCACAACAGCCUCUCCCACCCACCCUGGGCUGGUUCUACCUCCUGGAGCUCUCCUUCUACUGCUCACUGGUGGCCACUCUGCCCUUCGAUGUGAAGAGGAAGGACUUCAAGGAACAGAUCAUCCACCACAUUGCCACCAUCACUCUGAUCUUUGUUUCCUACUGUGCCAAUCUCAUACGGUUUGGGGUGAUGGUCAUGGUGCUCCAUGAUGCCUCUGAUUAUAUCUUGGAGCUGGCCAAGAUGCUCCAUUACCUGAAGUACAAGAGAGCCUGUGAAGGAGCCUUCCUCAUUUUUGCUGUGGUUUUCAUCACCUCUCGACUCGUCCUCUUCCCACUGCUCAUAUACUACUACCUUGUGAGCAAGCUGCCCCUGUACCCCAUCAGCUGUGUGAUGACUGCUUUCCUGAUGGUCCUGCUGCUGUUACACAUUUUCUGGUCCUACCUGAUCCUCCGGAUGACCUUCAAUGUCAUCCUCUGUGGUGCGAAGAGACAAGACACCCGAAGUGACACCGAAGAGAGCGACGGGAGCGAAGCAGAGGACAUGGCCCAGAACAAGCAGUAA